UGUUAUGUACACGGAUUAUCAGGUCGUACAUUACGUGGAUGUACAUUAACCGGACUCGAUUUUUGUAAACAAUGACCGCCCGUUAGGUUAUUUUAGUAAAACAUGAAUUUGUGCUUGAAUUUGUAAAGUGAACCUGGUAUAGUGUUAAAACUAGUGUGAAAAAGUAAUCAAGAUGACCGAGGAUAUAAAAGUUACGUUUAUUAUCCCAAAACAUUGUCGGAGUGAGAAUGAUUGUUCUGAAGAAAUGCAGUUGGCGUUUGUUGCCUGUGAGCAACAUUGUGGGGGUGGUCUACAAGCCCAAUGGGUGCACGAGAGUAAAUACGACCGCUUCGAGGGGCUAACCAAGAGAGAUGUUUUCGUACUAUCAGAUUUUGAAGGAAACAUUUAUGAGAAGUUGAGAGCUACCAAGUGUUUACUGGUAGGCCCUCGGUGCCUAUCAUGCUGCCUCACAGAGGGAGCUCCCAUCCCAUCAGGCCCUGAGCCGGUGUUCACUGUGGCCAUGCGAGGAUUGGUAAUCACUGCCAGUGGACUGACUAAACAGCAGAAGGAAAAAAUAAAGAAGAAAGUGUUUUGGAUGGGAGGUAUUUACAAUGCUGCGUUGACAGAUGAUACUACACAUCUUGUAUCGGACACAGUGUUGUCCGACAAAUAUAUUAAAUCAGUAGAAAAAGGCAUCCCAGUAAUGUCGGAGUCGUGGGUCGACGCCGUAUGGGACACGUCACUCAGUUUGAACAUCAAUGCUUCAUCGGCAGACUUCGACAUGCACCGCUUGCCUGCAUUCGCCAACCUGCAAGUGACGACAUCCGGUAUCUCCAGGAAAGACAAGCAGAUGAUCAUGAAGUUGGUCAAUGAGCAUGGUGGUAAUUUCUCCGGGGCUUUCCAGAGUGAAACUACUGAUGUUGUUAUAUUGACCAAAGAAGGAAUUGGCAGCGAGAAGUAUAAAGCCGCUUUAGAGUACGGCAAGGCUUGCGUGCUACCCAAAUGGGUAAAAGACUCCGCCGCUAAGGGCGUAGCCCUACCAUUGGCCAACUAUAAAGUAGCCGGUGCGUCUACUUCUUCGCCAUUGGCUGAACACCGCUUGCCUGACAUGAGCUUAAACUUCUCCAGAAUAACAAACUUGAGGCCCCCGAGUAAUUUCGUGGACGAGACAAGGUCAGCUGACGUCUCUACGAUGUCUGGUCGUAUGAAGCUAUCGCAAGAUUCAAAGAAGUCCGGUGACACGUCUGUUGACAAAAACGUUCUGAUGGCUUUUAACAAUAUGGACAUGAGUAGCAUCAAGAAAGCUGGACCUAUUUUUGAUGGAUUCUGUAUCUGGGUGACAGGGCUGGAGGGCGUGUGCCGCGACCGCGCAGCCGCGUGCGUGUCCCGCGCGGGCGGCGUGCGGUACGACUGCCCGCACGACCGCGUCACACACAUAGUGGCGGGGACCAGGGCGGCCGCAGUAGUAGCGCUGCAGGCCCUGCCUAACGUGCCUGUCUUGAGUGCUUUGUGGCUCGCGAAGAGUGUCGAAGCCGGUCGAGCCCUGGAUGAGGCGGAGUUCCUAAUAGACAUGAAGCCACCAACCCCCAAGUCGUCAAAACCUAGUGUGGAACCAGCGUCCCCUAUGAGCAAGCGCAAUUUGCAGUUGUUACGAAGCGCACCGCCCGCGCUCUUACCGCCGCCUGCGCCGGUAGAGCUGGAGCCGCCACAGGACAUCGUCAACCAUUACUUGAGUCAAAAUAUGCCAGAACCAGAGAGAGAAAAGACUCCGGAGCCAGCUGCGCCAAGCGUCACCGCUCGGAACGACCAAACGGAAUUCACACAGGACGAGCCUACUGAGGAAGUUGAGCAGAUAUUCAGAGGAAUAAAGAUAGAAGUCCAAGGUCUAGACGAAGAAGCAGUAUGUGAGCUAGGCGCGGAAAUAGCGGCGGCGGGCGGUUCUCUUGCUGCGGCCGGCGCCGGCGGGUCAUAUGUGCUGGUUCCGCUGGACUUCGACGCCGACGAGCUGCUGACUAAGGAAGCUACUGCCGUCACUGUUUUCUGGGUGAAAGAUUGCCUUUGCCAACAAGAACUGCUUCCAAUCCAGUACUACCACCGGCCAGUGAAACUGCCCCUGCCAUUGGAGCCGCCGGCGCCUCUACACGGAGUCGUGGCCAGCCUUAGUACCUACAGUGGAGUCGAGAGAGCCUUUCUCGACGAACUCGCCAAACUGCUUGGCGCUACCACCCAACUGCGUUUCUGCCGGCGCAACACUGCGAAUGCGCUAGCAUCGACGCAUCUCAUCUGUCCAUCCCCUGUGGGCGACAAGUACACAGGCGCUUUGAAGUGGGGCCUGCCAGCUGUGACGGCUGACUGGCUGAUGGAAUGUGCCAACUCUGGCCGCAGGGUCAGCGAGAGGCCGUAUCUGGUGGGUGAUACUAAAGCGCCCCCAUCGCCAGAACCGCACCCAAUAGAAGAAGUGCCUCUAGAGUCGACCCUUGUAGCUGUAGAGGAGCCCGCCCCCGCGCCUGACAAGGAGAAUACCAUGCUUCCCCCCGCCGGCCCCGCGGUGCCCCGGCGCGGCUCCAUACCCAGCAGGGAACAGACGCCUAAAGCUCUUAAAAGUGAUGGUGACAACGAGAUGUCGCCGGCGUCUCGUUACAUAGCGAUGGCUCGACAAGGGCUAUUGGGUGGCGACACGCAGGAGACUCCCAAACGGAUACAGGACCUCAAAGACGACGCUAGACAAGAUGGAGAAUGCGGCUUACGUACCCCGCCUUUGGACGAUGCUCUCUCCACUCCCAACUUGCGAGGGCUCAGUCCGACUACCAGGAGACGAAUACAGGCUGUGCGCCGAGGAGAGAUGCCUUCUGACCCUAUACGGACUCCCAACGACCCUUUUGAAAAGAUUCCCACCCCGGAUAGUGCGUUCGGUGCGGCGCUUCGCCCUGGGUCGGGCCGUAUGUCGCCCGAGGCCCGCAAGCGACUGUGGAAAGUCGUCAACGAUCUGCCCUCUAAACAACCGGAGAUCGUCAAAGAUAAACAUACGCCGCUGUCAGAAAUCCGCAACAGAUUCCUAGCUCAGUUCAACAGCGAUGCGCCGACGCCGCCGUCUGAGCAUCAUGUAGCUCCAAGAAAACUUCAUUUACAGGAUCAAGAGGAAACUCCGCCAGCGAAAAUGCCGAAAUUAUCUGCAGAUCAGAGCGCAGGAACGGCCUCACCAAAAACUCCAAAGACUUCAGCCAACGAAAGCACCAAAAGCGCUUCAAGCGCUUCGAGCGCUUCCAGCACUCUCCCUCCAGCGGUGGACGCACAGUUGCAGCGGCUUAGCGCAGCGCUGAGUGAGAUGAGCGGGCAGAGGACACGACGGUCUACUGUCACUAGGGAUUCUAUCACUAGGCCUAUUGGUCCGGAAACGGAGCCAGGUCCAGAAUCCCAGCCCAACACAGUGGGUUGGGACGACACCACGCCUCACCAGCCGGCAUCCGACCCGCUGCCCACUCCGCAAAUUAAACGGUUCAUGCUCUCAUCAAACGUGGAUAACAGAGAAGAGAUAAUAGAAAUGAUCCAGCACUUAGGCGGUGACGUGUGCGAAGGAACCGAACUGGAUUUAGAAGCGAGCCAUUUGCUAUGUUGCGCGCCGGGGCGCAGUGAGAAGAUGCUUGGCUCCGUGGCUGCGGGGCGAUGGGUGCUACAUCCAGCUUAUAUUGUUAGAAGUCGCGCCGCCGGACAUUUCCUUGACGAAGAAGAAUACGAGUGGGGUAAUCCAAAGGCAACAUGCUUACCUCCGUUGUCGGGCGCAGAGCGCACACUAGCACGCGCCGCGCACCGGUGGCGGGCCGCGCGGGCCGCGGGGCAGGCCGGGCCCUUCGCCGGGGUCGUGGCCCUGCUGCACGUGCCGCCUGCACGGAAGAGGCUGUUGGCGAGACUCGUCACCGCCGGGGAUGGCCUUGCACCCGAUGACGAGCCUCCGUACAUGAACGAGGACAUAACAGUUUGCUUCGCGGACGUGAAGCGGUGUCCGCUAUCGUCGCGCGACACUAGCUGGCUAAUAAGCCGACGAGUGCCCGUCUGUGCGCCCGUGCUACUCAGCGCGUAUCUCACCGACGAUACUGCGCCCGACCCACAUACUCACUGCCUGCCUGACUUUAGACCUACAUAGUCUAAUAAUAAGACCCUAGGUGACAACCACUAAAAUCGACUAUAACGUAGAGGUCAGAAGAACUAAGCACCCACGCCUCACCGAGCUUUCUGUUAGACCAACGUGAUAGGUGUUGAGCCGUAUCGCCGUCUAUAAUGAUAUACGUGGGUUUAUAAUGAUUAUAUAUGUGACUUAACCUGUAUGGGGCUGGUUCUUCCUUUGCGGGUUGAAAGGUUAGACAGGCAGUCGCUUCUGUAAAAACCGAACCUGUCAAAUCUUUCUUCAGGUUAGGUAAGCGGGCCCUGUGAAAACGGGAUAACGUUAGGGAGAUGAUGAGGAGUGGGUGUAUGUAUUAUAUACCUCUGGCUACCCCUGAAAUGUAUCAUAUAUUAUACAAAGCGAUUAAAUGAAUGACCACACACACCAUACAUCUAUGCAUCUUCGUCAAUGCAUUUUUAGUGCGAGAUUGAAAUAGCCAACGAACUAUAAUACUCAACUCCAAUGCCAGUUAAGCCGCCUGCACCAAUCGGGGUCUGAUUGUUUUCAGAUUUUUUGAUUAUUUUCAGGCAACUUAGCCUAUAGAUGAUUAGUAACAAUUUUAAUUUACGUACUAUGUUAGUAAACAGCCUUAUUAAAUUAUUAUUUUAUAGAUCCUGUAAAUAUGUUUAGCCAGUAAUAAAAAUGUAGAGAAUUGUUAUCUGCUACGUUUGAUUACUUUUUAAUUAUCGAUUAUAACAAGAAUAACAAAGGCAAUCUCGUUAUGAACGUGAUAAUAAUUUAUGUUUUAUACAUAAAUUCGAAAACUAAUUCGGCUGGCCCGACACGACAAUGUUGUCAACUGUUGCUGUAAA